GGCGAAUUUAAUUUAAUAUUCUAAUAUGAAGAAGCUCAUCAUCUACCUACCUCCUUUUCCCUCAUUGUUUCAGCAGACUUAAAAUUUCCCAGUUUCCUGUAAAAUUUGAUCCAACUACCACCAAUUUUCUCCGAAAAUGGCGAUUUCAUCCACUGCUUCAAGUUUAAUAUCACUCUACACGCCAACAACUCCACAACGUACACCAUCAACCUCUCUAUUUUCGUCUUCGAAUUCAUCCUUCCUCACCACGACAUUCAAACCCUUGAAUCUCGUCCAACGACACAGAUCCAUUCCGGCCAACACCAAAAAAAGCGGUUUCUCUUGUACUUGUAUGUUCGGACUUGGUAUGCCGGAGCUGGUAGUUAUCGCUGGCGUCGCCACCCUUGUUUUCGGCCCUAAGAAGCUGCCGGAGGUUGGUCGUAGCAUCGGAAAAACCUUCAAGAGCUUCCAACAGGCAGCAAAAGAGUUUGAAACAGAGCUGAAAAAGGAAAGUGAACCUAUUGAAGAGUCGAGAACUGCUUUAAAUGAGAUCAUUGAGCACGAAAAUGGAGACGCCAAUAGCACGAAGUUGACUUUGUCAAAGCUUUUGACGCCAUCAAUUGGAUUGGGGUUUCUUUCACUCGGUGAUUGA